AUGUACCGCGGCGGCAAGAUCUGCCUCACAAUACACUUCAAGCCGCUCUGGGCUAAGAACAGCCCGCACUUCGGGUUUGCUCACGCACUGUGCCUGGGGCUGGCGCCCUGGUUGGCGGCGGAGGUGCCAUACCUAGUCGAGGCGGCUGCGGCCGGCGAUGACACAGACGAUGAGGACUAUGCGCCGCCGCAGCGCGCCGCUGGCCGCACCAGUGACGGCGGCGCUGGCAGGGUGCCCCGCCCCCAGGGCGCCGCCGCGCCCCCCAGCGCACCCGCAGCCGCGCACGCCGCGGCCCGCGGCGGCGGCAGGGCGGGCGCGGCGAUCGGCUCGCGGCUGCUGUCGCAGCGCGCGCUCGCGCCCAAGGCCGCUGGUGGGCCGUCCGCGCCGGCCGGCGCCAGCGGGUUCUUCGGCGUUUCGUGGUCAAAGAACAAGCAGCGCUGGGACGCCUGCUUCCGGGCGUGCGACGUGAAGCUUUUCCGCCGCAACUACCACACCGCCGAGGAGGCCGCGCGCGCAUGGGACCUGGCUGCCCUCGCCGUGCGCGGCCCAGAGGCGCGAACAAACUUCCCGUCGGCGGAUUACACAGAUGCUGAGGUGGCAGCCAUGGAGGACCACAUCCGCGAGCGGCAUCCGGCCUUCCCUCUUGAGAAGGUCAAGAUGGCGUACAGGACCUGCCCAAGCUCCAACCACCAUAAUAUGGCCCCCCUGCCCGCCGCCGUCCAGCAGCUGCUCGCGGCCAGCGCCACGUCAGCACGCGCCAGCAGCAGCGACAGCCGCGGCGACAGCGCCGCCGACAGCGGCAACCGCGGGGGUGCGGACAGCGACGCUGAGGCGUGGCCGGAGGGCGCCGGCGACGGCGGGGGCGCGCCGGGCGCGGCGGCGCGGGCAGGCGGCGGUGGGGAGGGCGGCGAGGCGUUUGGUGGCGAAGAGCCGGGCGUGGUACCCGCGGGCAACAGCAGCCACUUGCCGGACCGCAACGGGGUGGACAGUGGCGUGGCGGCGCCGCUGCCAACUGGAAUUUCGGCCCACGCGGCGCCCCCAUCUGGCCCUGGCAUAGUCGAGCAGGUGCCUGCACUAGAGUCUCAGGGACAGCAGCAGGAGCAGGAGCAGGAGCAGCAGCCGCAGCCGCAGUCAGAACAGCAAGAGCAGCCAGAGCAGCUAAAAGGGCAGCAGCGGGAGCAGGGGCAGCAGAUUGCGCAGCGUGCGACGCUCGAGCUGGUGCAGCAGCAGCUGCUGCUCCUGCAACAAGCAGCCGCGCAACUCGCGGGCAGCCGCGGCGCCCAGUGGGCCCUGCAACAGCAGGCGCGCGUCGAGCCCGCGAGCGGCAGCGCCUCCCCAGCCCGCAAGCGCAGGAGCGGCCCCCGCACCGGCGCCUCGUCCGGCGGGGCCGCCGCUUCGGCCGCGGCCGCUUCCGCCGGCACCGGCGCCGCGGCGCCGCCCGCGCCGCCGCAGUGGGCGGGCGACAGGCCCGGGCAGAGCAGCCUCUUCAACGGCGUGUGCCACAAGAACGGGAGCCGCAUCUGA